ACAAAUAUAGAUGGGAAGACGUUCAAGAAGCCCCGUCGCCCUUAUGAGAAGGAACGUUUGGAUGCCGAGUUGAAGCUGGUUGGAGAGUACGGGCUGCGAUGCAAGAGAGAGCUGUGGAGGGUUCAGUAUGCUCUGAGCCGCAUCCGGAAUGCUGCAAGAGAGCUUCUCACCUUGGAUGAGAAGAACCCACGCCGGAUCUUUGAAGGUGAGGCACUUCUUCGGAGGAUGAACCGCUAUGGGCUUUUGGAUGAGAGCCAGAACAAGCUUGAUUACGUCUUGGCAUUGACUGUGGAGAACUUCCUUGAGCGCCGCUUGCAAACCCUUGUUUUCAAGUCUGGUAUGGCUAAGUCCAUUCAUCAUGCCCGAGUUCUCAUCAGGCAGAAGCAUAUCAGGGUUGGGAGACAGGUUGUGAACGUCCCAUCUUUUCUGGUGAGGAUUGAUUCACAGAAGCAUAUUGAUUUCUCACUCACUAGUCCAUUUGGUGGUGGGCGCCCUGGAAGGGUGAAGAGAAAGAACAUGAGAGCAGCUGCCAAGAAGGCUGCUGGUGGUGAUGGAGAUGAAGAGGACGAGGAAUGAGUGAGUAGUUUUGAUGUUUUGCUGAUGAGUAAUAGGACUGUGCUCAUAAUUAGUUUUCAAAACAAUUCUAUCAACCUAGUUCUGGAAUGUGUUCACUGCAUUUUAAUUUUCUUGGUUUUGAUGUUGAAAUGUUUUAGAGAAAUUUUCUUUGUUAUAUGAUAUGGACAUGAUAUGAAGAAUUCUAUUACAUUGAGCUCCAAAUGAGGCUGUUA